GAGAGAGAGAGAGGGUAGAAAAAAGACUACGCCUGCUCCUGGUCACAACAGAAUACAUGCACAUUUCCUCUCAUGAACAUAUGCAGCCAACAUGCUUCUGCUCUAGCUGGGCGAACUGUUUCAGUAAGACUGUCUAUGUGAAGUAACGGAACAGAAUGUCACGACGGGACCAGAGGUUUCGGAGGGGAAUGAAAGGACGGUGCUGUGAGUGUAGCUGUAUCUUGUCCCACUGGUACUUUGAAAAAGAGGGGCAACUCUACUGUAAGAAGCACUACUGGGCUCGCUAUGGAGAGCACUGCCACGGCUGCAAGGAGAGCAUUUCAACAGGACUCAUCAUGGUUGCUGGAGAGCAGAAGUACCACCCUGAAUGCUUCACUUGUGUGAACUGUGAAAUGUUCAUUGGUGACGGCGACACCUAUACACUAGUGGAGCGCACCAAACUGUACUGUGGUCACUGUUUCAGUCCACCAACUGCAAGAUCUGCGUCUCCACUCAGCAAGAGUCCCCAUAUGGUUGCGCUAGUGUCUUUCCUUCCCCAUGAAGGUGGGAGACGAGGUCUGUCCAUAGCCACUGUCCCCAGCCAAGAGAAGGGCCUUCAUGUUACAGUGACGGGGUUAGACUCAGCUGUCCUCAGCCCUGACCUGCUGUCCUCCAUACACACUGGUGACCGAGUUUUAGAGGUCAACGGUAUUCCUGUCUGCAACAUUUCAAUAGAUGAAAUGAACUGUGUUAUUCAGGACACAAGCAGACCGCUGCAGCUGACCAUUGAACACAACCCGCAGUCUCCUGAAGGUCUCCUCCCCUCAAACAAUCUCCAGAAAGACGUCAGUCGUCUUGACGCCUGUGUCCGCAACAAACUCACUUCAGCGCACAAACUUCCCAGUCUGGAGGAAGAGCCAAGUCAAGAGGACGAGACAGAUGGACCAAACAGAACGAGCCUCUCCCGUCCUCAGCAACAAGGGCCGACGGGCAUACGAUCCAGACAUAUUCAGCGCAGUUGUAGUAUAGAUAAGUGUCCAUUGUCCCCUGGAGCUCUGUCGUUUUCAUCCAAUAGAAGGGACAUGGUUCGCUCAGAGUCUCUUCGCAUAGACACUGGAGAUCGAACACAUCGAAUCUUCAGACCUUCAGAUCUCAUCCCUGGAGAAGUAUUGGGAAAGGGCUUUUUUGGACAGGCUGUCAAGGUAACCCAUCAGGAGACAGGGGAGGUGAUGGUGAUGAAAGAGCUAAUACGGUUUGAUGAAGAGACGCAUAAGACUUUCUUAAAGGAGGUAAAGGUGAUGCGCUGUCUGGACCAUCCAAAUGUCCUGAAGUUUAUUGGACUGUUUUAUAAAGACAAAAGAAUCAAUUUUGUCUCUGAAUACAUUAAAGGAGGGACUCUCAGAGAGGCCAUCAUUAAAAUGGACAAGGAGUUUCCCUGGAGAACCAGAGUGAGCUAUGCCAAAGACAUUGCAGCUGGAAUGGCCUACCUACACUCCAUGAACGUCAUCCAUCGAGAUCUAAACUCUUACAACUGCCUGGUCAGAGAGAACCAGACAGUUGUUGUAGCUGAUUUUGGACUAGCCAGGCUGGUGAUGGAAGAAAGAAAUCAGAGCCGAACAUCCUCUCUGGAAAGGCCUGGGAAGGGGGCACUGACAGAUCUGGGUAGGCCUGACCGAAGGAAGCGGUACACUGUGGUUGGAAACCCUUACUGGAUGGCCCCUGAGAUGAUCCAAGGGAAAAGCUAUGAUGAACGAGUGGACAUCUUUUCCUUUGGUAUAAUGAUAUGUGAGGUAAUAGGCAGAGUGAGUGCAGACCCAGACUACCUUCCCCGGUCAAAUGACUUUGGACUAAAUGUGGCGGGUUUCCUGCAGCAGUUCCAUCCUCCAGAGUGCCCAUCAGCUUUCCUGCCGUUGGCUGUCCUCUGCUGUGACAUGGAUGCUGAUAAACGUCCAUCUUUUUCAAAGCUUGAGGAGUGGCUUGGGAACCUUCUGAUGCACCUGGACAUUGGUCUGCCUUUGCCUUCUGAAUUUGAGCAGCUCCGCAGAGUUUUCUGGAACAAUCAAAAUCACCAAAACCACUCUCCCAACCAGGACAUGACUCUAGACUCUCCUAAACAAACCUACAGUUCCAAACAAGGACAGAGCCCUGACACCAAGAAAUGCACAGACAAUGUGAUCAAUCAUAACACAUUUAAUCACCAAGCUCAUAAUCAAGACCUGAGUAGCACACCUGAAAACCAUAUUGUUAAUGAGAAACAUACGCAAGACAAUCAUGACAUAAGGACUGAGCACAACCAACUUUGUUCAAGAAGAGACUGUGACUCAAAAGACAAGACUCAGUUUUGCAAGUGCACAAACACAGACUCGAGUGAGAAUGGGUUUAAAACUAAUAAACACAGCAACCCCUCAGGACAACUAAAUGCAAAGAAUGAGUCCUCAAAACCACUGCAGGUCAACAAGUCACUACUGGAUCAGUCUAACAGGCCCAGGAGGAUAUGCAGAGUUCAGUGGGACAGCUCUACAGAGGACAACUCUUUUCUCUGACUACUAAACCUGAUGGUAAAGAUGGGGAAAAUAUACAAAAGGACAGUCUGAGGGACACACAACUAUGCCUUUCACACAAACAGAAAUGAAUGGGAAUGUGAAAAGACUCGUUAAUAAUCAGAUUGCUCUGUUAACAAGUAUUUAUGAGGUUUCAACUGAUCCUGAAAUGAGUAAAAGGCCACAUAAGUAUUUUAGCAUUCAACAUUAAGGACCUAUGAGCUGCUACGUGCUUUUGAUAAGGAAUCACAUAAUUUUCAUUAAUGAAGCAUUUUUCAGUUAAUAGACCAUGUAAUGUUGUUAUUUUGUAAUUGGCUUAAACAAAUCUUUGGCAUUUUUAGGUAUUUUUCUAAGCAAAAUAAUUUCCCAUCCAAUUCAGGCAAAUUGUAGCAGUAACCCAGCACCGCCAGCCUUGGAUCCUCUUUUAGCGCCAUUUUUGACAGAGAAAAUAAUUUUGGGCAAGUCAAGAUUAAAGUCAAAAUGACGAGAAUAAAGUCGAAAUUUCGAGAUUAAAGUUGAAACUUGUUUUUACUAACAGCGGAUCAUAGACGCUGUGUGUUUAUCAAUGAGAGAAUCUCUUAGUUGUUAAAUCCAAUAAUGAGGUAUAAUUUCACUUAUUCAUUACUAUGAUGCAUAAGGCAUUUUGUAGAGACAGUCAUGAUUCUCUGUUAUUGUCUUAAAUACUCAUACAUCAACAGGAGAGAACAGCUCUCGUCUUUCUUUCUGUCUGAUCACAGAUGCACAGGUGACAGACUCAAUCUCGGUAAUGGGAGAGCGAAGGGAGAUUCGUUUAUUUGUUGUGGUGGGAUAGACAACAAUAUAAACAAAUCUACUGACAUAUCUGAAGGGAAGCAUGAAGGCGCAGCAAGAAAGCAGCAAUUAAAAACAUAUGGGUAUUUUUUUAAUUUCUAAAUUCCAUACACAAAUGCAAUGUACAUCGUGUACAUGGCGUUCGUCAGGUAACAUUUUCUGUAUCAGACACAACACUGUGAACUAGAGUUUCCAAUACAACAUGUGACAAAGUGUUCCCUUUUUGCCUUUUUUAAACAUUUUGUCAUUAGCAGCAGCCUAUGAUAAAUAAAAGAACGAUCAAUCUCCCUUCGCUCUCCCAUUACGUAAGACACUAUAUUUAAGACACUAACAGAGAAUUGUGACGGUCCCUAGAGUAUGCCUUAUGCCUCAUAUCAAUGAAAAUGUGAAAUUAUACCUUAUUAUUGGAUUUAACAACAAAGAGAAUGUCUCUUUGACACAUAAACACCAAUGUGGCAAAAAAUGAAAAGCCAAAAAAUGAAGCCAAUGCGGAAGUGCAAAAAAAAUUGCUAUAACGUGAGUGUCCACUUGAGGCUGGCUGCAGGAACACCGGAAGUCAAGUCUGCACACAUGUUUAACAGUCGGUUUUGACAAAACAAAAUAAACUGGUUUACAGCCUGGUUCAAAACACCAAACGUGUCUUAUUAGCUAGUGUCUUAUUGUGCUCCCACUGUACGGGGGAUGAAUUUUUUUGUACCACAAUCG